CCAUCCUUCUUUGCCCAUAAACUUUCUGUUACAACACAAAAAACAUUCUUAUUUUUCUCAAAAAAAUUCAUUUUCAUUACAUUCUUAACACAAAUUUCCUUAAACCAAUCCAAAUUACAACUAAAAACACCAAAUUAAACAUCCUUAAACAUGUUGAAUCCAUUAAAUCCAGCCGAAAACGAUCAAGAACAGAUCAAAACAGAGCAAAAUCCUCUGUUUUUAGCCAUAUUAGAAGCAAAAUCAAUAGCCAACAUUGCAUUUCCAAUGAUCUUCACAGGCUUACUUCUUUACUCACGCUCGAUGAUAUCGAUGCUCUUCCUAGGCCGAUUAGGUGAGCUAUCGUUAGCCGGUGGCUCAUUAGCCAUUGGCUUUGCUAAUAUAACUGGUUACUCAAUACUUUCUGGCUUAGCAAUGGGUAUGGAACCACUCUGUGGACAAGCAUUUGGUGCUAAAAGGUUCAAAAUUCUUGGACUUAGUUUACAAAGAACAGUUAUAUUGCUUCUUUUGAUCUCGAUACCUAUAUCAUUUUUAUGGUGUAACAUGUUAAAAAUCUUGAUUUUUUGUGGACAAGAUCAUGAUAUAGCUAUAGAGGCACAAAUUUACAUAUUGUAUUCGAUGCCUGACCUUAUUGCGCUCGCGAUACUUCAUCCAUUGAGGAUCUAUCUUAGGUCACAAUCGAUUAUUAUGCCAUUGACAUAUUGUGCUACACUUGCUAGUGUUGUUCAUAUACCGAUUAAUUAUCUACUUGUAAUAGUACUUGAUCUUGGGAUUAAAGGUGUUGCAUUAAGUGGGGUUUGGACAAAUUUCAAUCUUGUUGGAUGUUUAAUUGCUUACAUUGUUGUAUCCAAAGUGUACAAGAAGACAUGGAGUUCAAUGUCUUGUGAGUGUUUUAAAGGUUGGAAAUCACUUUUGGAUUUGGCAAUACCAAGUUGUGUUAGUGUUUGUUUGGAAUGGUGGUGGUAUGAGAUCAUGAUUUUGUUAUGUGGAUUGUUGGUUAACCCUAAAUCAACCGUUGCAUCGAUGGGUAUUUUGAUCCAAACGACAUCAUUGAUCUACAUUUUCCCAUCUUCGUUGAGUUUUGGUGUGUCAACUCGCGUUGGAAAUGAGCUCGGGGCUAAUAGGCCAGACAUAGCUAGACUAGUCGCGGUUGUGGGGCUUACAUGUAGCUUUGUUUUAGGGUUAGUUGCAUUAGUAUUCGCGAUAUUAGUGAGGGAUGUUUGGGCUAGUAUGUUCACUCAGGAUGAAGAGAUCAUUGCCCUAACGUCCCUCAUUUUGCCCAUAAUCGGACUCUGUGAGCUAGGGAAUUGCCCACAGACGACUGGUUGUGGGGUACUAAGAGGAACAGCGAGGCCAAAAUUGGGUGCCAACAUCAACUUAGGUUGUUUUUACCUUGUCGGAAUGCCAGUGGCUGUUUAUUUAGGUUUUUUUUGCGGCUAUGAUUUUACGGGGCUAUGGAUUGGAUUGUUAGCUGCACAAGCUUCAUGUGCAAUGACAAUGUUAUUGGUGAUUUUAUCAAGAACAAAUUGGGCAGAUCAAGCAAAAAGAGCAAAAGAGUUAACUACAAUUAUUGAAAAUGAAGAUGAACAAGUUUAUUAUCGAAAGAUUGAUGGAAGUUCAAAUGUUUGAUUUUAAUUUAUUUUUUUGGUCUAAUUUGUUGAUCAAUUCUUGGAUUAUUCUUUUUUCUUUUCUUGGAUCCGUUAUCUUUCUUGAAAUCUGUGCUGCUCGAACUCUUCAAAAAUGCUGUCAGGUGCGCGUCGGAUCAUCCAGAAGUAGAGCAUUUUCGAAAGAUCCUACACGGGGCGCAACAACAUUUCUGGACAACCCGAGCAAUGUAGCGUGAAGUAGGCACACGAAUAGAGUGAUUGAGAUCUUUUUCAUGUAAUUACACUUUUUUAGGGGUAAACCAAGAUUUGUAUUAAUUUUGUUGUAUAUUGUGAUAUAUUUUAUUUAUGAAAAAGGCUUGUUUAAUGCAAAAA